AUGCCUGGUACUGUUGCAGUGCUAAAGACGAGCCCUGACGGGAACUCCAACAUACUCCUUGUUGCAUUCGCAUUAGUCGAGGGUGAGAAUGCUGAGUCGUGGUCCUUCUUUCUCUCCCACCUGCGUGAGCAUGUGACACCACAGCCGGGUCUGCUGGUUAUCUCGGACAGGCAUAACGGCAUCAAGGCCGCCCUUGAGCUGACAGAGGCUGCAAAUUUCGCCAUCACCUUCAAGGGCAAAGACGCCAGGAUGCUACUUGUGAAUGCGGCGUACGCUAAGACCGAGGUUGAGUUCCAGUACUGGUUUGAUAUUCUUAGGACCGAAGACCCGGCGAUGUGUGACUGGGCUAACCGGAUUGAGUAUUCCUUGUGGACACAGCAUUGUGAUGAGGGGCGUAGAUUCAGACAUAUGACAACGAAUAUAUCUGAGUGUGUGAACUUGAUCCUCAAGGGUGUCAGAAAUCUCCCUGUGUGCUCGCUAGUCAAGGCAACAUACGGAAGGUUGGCCGAAUUAUUUGUUCACAAAGGGAGGGAGGCUGAGGCGCAGAUGGGUACCGGACAACAAUUUAGUCAGCACUUGGUGAAGUGUAUAGAGGCCAACUUGAAGACGGCUAGGUGCUUCACGGUAACUGUGUACGACAGGGAUAACUCCGAGUUCACCGUCGCAGAGACAACUCCGACUGGUUCUUUCUCACUGGGUACCUACAGAGUCUCGCUUGCAUCUCACACAUGUGACUGCGGAUACUUCCAGGCACUUCAUUUCCUGUGUCCCCACGCACUGGCAUGCUGUGCCUACUCACGGCUUACAUGGGAGCCUUACGUCCACCAGGUGUAUCGUCUUAGUUCGGUCUUCAGUGUGUAUCAGAUGGGUUUCACACCUCCCAUUCCGGAGGGUUUUUGGCCACCAUAUAAUGGGCCGAUUGUCAUCCCUGACCCCGAUAAGAGGCGUGCGAGAGAGGGUCGUCCCAGGUCCACUCGGAUACGGACCAAUAUGGACGAGGCAGAUCCGAACCGGCCAAAAAGAUGUGGGCUUUGUCGGCAGUCCGGCCACACACGUCGGAGUUGCUCGCAGCUCGGAGGAGCAGAGCACACACGAGGAAAUGAUUAG